AGACCCGAGUGUAUCGAUCUUAAAGUUGCAAAGAACUCCUCCGCAGAUCCCGUUAACAAAAUGUCCCGACCGGAUAUUGAGGCGGUUGAGAUAGUUGCCAGCCUUAACACGCAUGCUGCAGACGGAAUUGUAUGUUACAAGCGGCACAAUGGAAGAUUCCUGUAACAAUUACCACUGGACCACCACAGCAGAGCAUGUUAACCGCCAAGUAGAGCUUUGCAUAUCAAGUUCGCACCACUCUACCAACAACAUGGAAUUAAUACAGAUUAGUAUUGUGAAUGAUAAAUUUACAAGAACCAAACAUGGGCGAGAGGAGAUAAAUGCUGAAUCCCCUAGUCCUAAGAGGCUACGCAGUGCUGUAUUUAGAUGCAGCACUCCCUGCUCCUCGUCUAGCCAUUUAAAAGACCAUGCAAGCAUGUCUCUGUGUGAAGGUACUUGUCCAAGAUCUGAUGGACCUCUAGAUAAAGAUAAUGAAUGGGAUGAUUCUUUGUUGGAUCCUACAGAUGAUGAGGGGGAUUCACCUUUAUAUUUGACAGUAGACGAGAUAGAGUCAUUGCUGGAAGAUGACUCCUGCUACGCAGCAGAGGCUUCGGGUUUGGACAGUGAGGUGGAAAAUGAGAAAACAGUGACCCAGCUACCUUCAGAGGAUCAUGGGAUUAAGAACGAUGAGCUUUCUUCCACACUGAAGGACAGCACCUUGAUUGGGGUAGAAGAGAGCGACACAGAAAUGUGCAACUAUGCUACAGUGGUUCCACUGCCCCUCAUAUCUUCUGCACAGUCUGUAGAAGUGCCGUGGGUGAGUAACUCCAGUUGUUCCACUUUAACAACUUCACCUGCAUGUAACUCCGCACUGCACAGGGAAGACUGUGAAUCUGGGGUUCAUGACCGAUUACUGAUGGAGUCUGAUUUAUGCUUAGACUAUGUAACUCAGUGUAAUGGCACUAGAACCUUAUCUACAAUGGUACAAAAAACAAGUACUCCACCAAGAGUUGUUGAGGUAUUUGAGGAAGAGAGUGAGCUGCCAUUUGACUGUGACAUUGAUGAACUCUUACAAAUUAGUCCCGGGGAAACCACAUCAGAAGAAGAUAGCUGCACUCCUCUGGUCCUCACAGUCAGCAGUGACGAGAUGAAGCUUGCUAAGUUGGACUCUGCACCUACCGGUUUGCCUUUGCACUCAUUUCAGUCACCUUUGCCACCUAUUACUGCUAAUUCUGAGAUUCCAGAUUUACUGACUCUUCCCCCAGAACCUAAUAGAUCGAUCUGCAACUUGGAAAAUACAGGUCAAGAUGUAAAGUCUGGCAAAUCAGAGGCUGAACAGCAAACUCCUGUUGAAAUUAAGCAGGAAAACAAUAUUAGUGGAAACCCUUUAAGCAUUAUUGUGGACAAAUGUGCUGUACAGAAAUCAAGCAAGCAGCAACAGGCAUUGGCUCCUGUAGAAUCUGAACUACCAGCUCUUCCUGUUGUCCCUGCUAAGCCAAAAGAGAAAAAGUUGGGAACGGUGGCUCCAUUACCAAAUCCUACAGUCAGACCCAAGAUUAAUCUAUAUCAACUGGAAGAAAACAAGGAGAAAUACUUCCACAGUGUAAUGAUGCACCUUAAUGCACCAAAUACAUCCCAAGAUCCCAAUUAUGAGCUGGCCUCGUUACUUAACCAGAUCAGUAGAGAAAAUCCCAGCUAUCCUCACAUAUCUGAUUUUACGAGGAGGAAUCACCCUCGUUCUGUUAAAAGGAGAAACACAAACUACAACUUGAGAGAGUGGGUUUUACAAAAUGGAGGAAGCAGUCAACGCUUUCAAAGCUUGCCAUGCACAUUUCAAAGGAGUCCAAUUCCUAAAGCCCUGCCCUCCAACCAUUAGGAUAUGGGAUUUAAAGGUUUCAUUCUACCAUCCAUCUUUGAGUGAUUUUGUUUAUUCCACCAACCAAAAAACUUUUAUAAGUGGGUAUGAGGAGGAUGAGAGCCCUAACCUCAGGAUGGUAACUCAACUGCUGUGAACUCAUUCCAUUUCUCAAAUUGUUUAUACAUAUAUAGUUUGGUUUUACUACCAUCAUUUUAUAUUAGACGUAGUUCUUCCUUGGUUAAGAUGUUGUAAUAUAAUAGUUUUCACUAUUAAUGUUUUAUAAAUGCAGUUUUUCUGAACUGGUUUAGGUGUUCUAUAUAAUAUAAUAAAUAGUUCAUUUUGUCAUUUGAUUGUCUGCAUCCUUAAUCCAUCAAUUUAAACUUUCCUGUCCCACUGCAUUUAUCCAAUCUUUAUAUGUUUCUUAUGAUAAAAUUCCAUCUGCCCUUUUGCAUUUCUGUUCUUUGCUUUAUCUUCAGAUCUUUCUUUCUUUCUUUUGUCAUUUUCCCAUCGCUCUUCCACAUAUUUCUCUCUCAUCUGUUGGGAAUGGUCCCAGCCUGCGGAUUAUCUCGGUUUAAGGAAGAUUUAUGAAUUGGAAGUAAAUUUGCUGUAAAUCAUUGCUCCAA